AUGUUCAAUCGCGGCAAUAUUCCGAAUCCUUUCAGUUCCGGUGGAAACCCACCUUCGCAGGGCUACUCGAGCCCCAGCCAGGCACCCCCACGAGGACAUGGAGGCCCGCCGCCUCAGCAGAUGCCGGCAAGGGGACAAAGAGGCCCAGGCCCAACUUGGAACCUUCAACCGACAAGGAGCCCAAAUGACAACUACACAUUCGGUAACCUUGUCGCCGUUUCGCCCCAGGACAUCCCACCUACCCGAGAUGGUACCGACCUCUUCCUCUUAAUCAACGAUCUUUUCGUCUUUUCCGCUCGUCCCUACGAUGGACCCAGUGAUGGCUGUCCUCCCGGCUACAUUGGCAUGUCAGAGGCUCAGCGAAAAUGGGCCAAAAUUGGAAUUAGAGAUACAAUCAAAGUUCAGCUCUAUGAUCCCUUCAGUCAAGGUGGCCAGGCCUACCUCGGAUCUGCGGAUAUCGAAGUUAGCUUCGCGUCUAACUUGCCCAAGAAGAAGCCCGAGGCCCCUUAUGAUCAGGAUGAAUUGGCACAGGCUGUUAUCAGGAACUUCGAGAACCAACUAUUCUCGCCUGGUCAGAUGAUCCUGAUGGAUAACAAGAGCAUUCCGCUGUACUUGGAGGUCAAGACGGUUCAGCGUGUUGACUUGACUUCAGAAAAGGCACAAGGAUCUGGUGAAGUUGAGACCAUUCCCACGGCUAGAGGAAUUCUCACACGGCACACCCAAUUGAAUUUCUACAAAGAUUCCAGAACCGGCAUCAACGUGAAGGCAUCCAGUCGUCGCCCGGCAGCCAACUCUAUCAUCCAACCCGGCUUCAAAUUUGAGGAUAUGGGUAUUGGUGGUUUGGACUCCGAGUUCAGCACUAUCUUCCGUCGUGCUUUCGCGUCUCGUAUCUUCCCUCCUGGACUUGUUGAAAAAUUGGGUAUUCAGCACGUCAAAGGUUUGCUGCUCUACGGUCCUCCGGGAACCGGUAAGACCUUGAUCGCUCGGCAAAUUGGAAAGAUGCUCAACGCCAGAGAACCUAAGAUCAUCAACGGUCCCGAGGUUCUCAACAAAUAUGUCGGUGCAUCCGAGGAGAAUAUCCGGAAGAUGUUCGCAGAUGCCGAACAGGAAUACAAGCAAAAGGGCGACGAGAGCGGUCUUCACAUCAUUAUUUUCGACGAGCUUGAUGCAGUGUGCAAGCAGCGUGGCAGCGGAGCCGGUGGCGGUACCGGUGUCGGUGAUAGUGUUGUGAACCAGCUUCUUUCCAAGCUUGAUGGUGUUGACCAGCUGAACAACAUCCUGCUGAUUGGAAUGACGAACCGAAUGGACAUGAUUGAUGAAGCUUUGCUGCGUCCCGGUCGUCUGGAGGUGCACAUGGAAAUCUCGCUCCCUGACGAGCAUGGCCGAAGCCAGAUUCUCAACAUCCACACGGAGAAGAUGCGAGUCAACAAUGUCAUGGCUCCAGAUGUCAAUCUGGCCGAGCUUGCCCACCUAACCAAGAACUUUUCAGGUGCCGAGAUCGCAGGUCUGGUCAAGUCUGCCUCAUCUUUUGCAUUCUCGCGUCACGUCAAAGUGGGCACUAUGGCUAGCAUCGAUGACGAUGUCGUGAACAUGAAAGUUCAGCGGGAAGAUUUCCUCAAAUCACUUGAAGAAGUCAAGCCUGCCUUCGGUGUGUCCGAAGAGGAGCUUUCCAGCCGUAUCGCUUACGGUAUCAUCCACUACUCUCAAACAAUCAGUGAGAUUUUGCGGGAAGGUGAGCUGUUCGUGAAGCAGGUCGGAAAGGCCGAAUCCACACCACUAUUCUCCGUGCUGUUCCACGGCCCACCAAGCAGCGGCAAGACCGCCCUGGCGGCGCGAAUUGCCAUUGACUCUGGUUUCCCUUUCAUCAAGCUGAUCAGCCCGGAGGACAUGGUUGGCUUCAACGAAGCGGCCAAAAUCUCGCACAUUAGCCGAAUCUUUGACAGUGCGUAUAAGAGUACCACCAGUAUCGUCGUUAUCGACAACAUCGAGCGCAUCAUCGAUUGGGUGCCUAUCGGCCCUCGCUUCAGCAACAGUGUGCUGCAAACUCUCAUGGUGUUCCUGAGAAAGCAACCCACGCAUGGACGCCGCCUGUUGGUUCUUGCUACGACUACUGAGCGUGCUUUGAUGAAGCAGCUUGACAUCUACAAUUCUUUCAACUCGGACAUCAUGGUCCCCAACGUGAGCUCCUUCGGUGAGCUCCGCCAUGUCAUGGAGCAGUCGGGUGACUUUGACGCCCAAGAGAUUGCGCGAGCACUUGAAUCGGUUGGCGGUCUUGCAGACGAUGGACGCCUGAGUGUGGGUAUCAAGAAGAUUCUUCUGGGUAUUGAGACGGCGAAGCAGGAUUCUGACAAGGUCGGCCGCUUCGUUCGCGUGAUCAAUCGUGCUAUUGAGGAGGAACAGAGCUUCCAGUAA